AUGGCUGCAAUUGCCCUUCUUGCUACCCUCUACGCCCUCGACGUUCACGCGGCCGUAGUGUCUCUGUACAUCCCGUCCAAUGUCUUCGGGGAAGGUGUUCCCCUCACCGCAGACCCUAUCGGCGUUGACGCAAGCGGCCAUACGACCUGGGUACUCGCCACCGGCUCUCCCAGCGGGACUUUCACCGCGACACUACCGUCGGUAACUUGGCUGAACGUCACGCUUGUCGAGGGCCCGACCGAUGCGCAUGUUGCCGCCACCGAGUCGGAUGCGGUGAUCCGCGAAGACUGUCCAUCGCCAGCCCGACUGCAACAUCAGCAAAACUAG